AUGGCUGAGGGCAAUCAUACCCAGGUGACGGAGUUCGUUUUCUUGGGCUUCACAGAUAAUCCACGCCUAGAAAUGGCUCUCUUUGUGGUCUUUCUUUUCAUCUACCUGGCAGAUGUGGUAGGCAAUGUGGGCAUGAUCCUCCUGAUCACCGUAGAUGAGCAACUCCACACACCCAUGUAUUUCUUCCUUUGCCACCUCUCCUUCGUGGACCUGGGCUACUCUACUGCCAUUGCCCCACGCAUGCUGGCUGACUUCUUACGCCAGCGAAAAAUUAUCUCCUUCUCCAGCUGUGCCACACAGUUUGCCUUUUUUGUAGGCUUUGUGGAUGCUGAAUGCUAUGUCUUGGCUGCCAUGGCAUAUGACCGCUAUGUGGCCAUCUGCCGUCCUCUCCAUUAUACCACAGUCAUGUCAAAGCAGGUUUGUUUGGUACUGGCUAUUGGUUCCUACGUAGCAGGUCUAAUAAGCCUGGUGUCCCAUACUAGCCUGACUUUCAGCUUAGAUUACUGUGGCUCCAAUAUCAUCAAUCAUUUCUUCUGUGAGAUCCCCCCACUCCUUGCAUUGUCUUGCUCUGACACCUACAUGAGUGAGAUCCUCCUCUUCAGCCUCUGUGGCUUCAUCGAGUUCAGCACCAUCCUUAUCAUCCUUAUCUCCUACUCCCAUCUCACUGGAGUCACCCUCUUUUAUGGGACAGUUAUGUUUAUGUAUCUGAGACCAACAUCCAGUUACUCAUUAGAUCAGGACAAAUGGGCCUCUGUGUUCUACACGGUUGUGAUUCCUAUGCUCAAUCCUCUAGUAUACAGCCUUAGGAACAAAGAUGUGAAGGAAGCUUUUAGAAGAGUUGUCAGCAAGAAAGUUUUAUCCCAGUAA